CGAUUGGCCCAGGAGGAGGAGCGAGCAGGCGAGCAGGCGAGUAGGGACGAGGCGGCGGGGCGGGCCAAGGCAGCACGGAAGUCUCGCGAGGCCGAGCCUGAGCGGAGUGUGGCGGCGGCGGCGGCGGCGAGAUCUGGGCUCGGGGUGAGGAGUUGGUAUUUGUGUGGAAGGAGGCGGAGGCGCAGGAGGAACAGGGGGAAGCGGAGAGCGCCGGCCCCGGAGGGCGGGAGGAGGCGCGGCCAGAGCGGGAGGCCGAGGCGCGGCGCGGCGGGGCGCCGGGGCGAGCAGCGGCCGAGCGAGCGCGGGGCGCACCGAGGCGAGGAGGCGGGGAAGCCCGCCGCCGCCGCCGCCGCGCCCGCCCCUUCCCCCGCCGCCCGCCCCCUCUCCCCCCCGCCCGCCCGCCCGCCCGCCGCCUUCCUCCCUCAGCCUUCCUUCCCCACGGCCGGCCGCCUCCUCGCAGCCCCGGAGCUGAGGCCGCCGCGGCCGUGGCGGCCGAGCCCUCAGUCAUGGCCUCGGGCGACACCCUCUACAUCGCCACGGACGGCUCGGAGAUGCCGGCCGAGAUCGUGGAGCUGCACGAGAUCGAGGUGGAGACCAUCCCCGUAGAGACCAUCGAGACCACGGUGGUGGGCGAGGAGGAGGAGGAGGACGACGACGACGAGGACGGCGGCGGCGGCGACCACGGCGGCGGGGGCGGCCACGGGCACGCGGGCCACCACCACCACCACCAUCACCACCACCACCACCACCCGCCCAUGAUCGCUCUGCAGCCGCUCGUCACCGACGACCCGACCCAGGUGCACCACCACCAGGAGGUGAUCCUGGUGCAGACGCGCGAGGAGGUGGUGGGCGGCGACGACUCGGACGGGCUGCGCGCCGAGGACGGCUUCGAGGACCAGAUCCUCAUCCCGGUGCCCGCGCCGGCCGGCGGCGACGACGACUACAUCGAGCAGACGCUGGUCACCGUGGCGGCGGCCGGCAAGAGCGGCGGCGGCGGCGGCGGCUCGUCGUCGUCGGGCGGCGGCCGCGUCAAGAAGGGCGGCGGCAAGAAGAGCGGCAAGAAGGGCUACCUCGGCGGCGGGGCCGGGGCGGCGGGCGGCGCGGACGCGGGCAACAAGAAGUGGGAGCAGAAGCAGGUGCAGAUCAAGACCCUGGAGGGCGAGUUCUCGGUCACCAUGUGGUCCUCAGAUGAAAAAAAAGAUAUCGACCAUGAGACGGUGGUUGAAGAACAGAUCAUUGGAGAGAACUCACCGCCCGAUUAUUCAGAAUAUAUGACAGGAAAGAAACUUCCUCCUGGAGGGAUACCUGGCAUUGACCUCUCAGACCCCAAACAACUAGCAGAAUUUGCUAGAAUGAAGCCAAGAAAAAUUAAAGAAGAUGACGCUCCAAGAACAAUAGCUUGCCCUCAUAAAGGCUGCACAAAGAUGUUCAGGGAUAACUCUGCCAUGAGAAAACAUCUGCACACCCACGGCCCCAGAGUCCACGUCUGUGCAGAGUGUGGCAAAGCUUUUGUUGAGAGCUCCAAACUAAAACGACACCAACUGGUUCAUACUGGAGAGAAGCCCUUUCAGUGCACGUUUGAAGGCUGCGGGAAACGCUUUUCACUGGACUUCAAUUUGCGCACACAUGUGCGAAUCCAUACCGGAGACAGGCCCUAUGUGUGCCCCUUCGACGGUUGUAAUAAGAAGUUUGCUCAGUCAACUAACCUGAAAUCUCACAUCUUAACACAUGCUAAGGCCAAAAACAACCAGUGAGAAGAAGAGAGAAGACCCUCCUCAGCCUCGGGAAGCAUCUUCCAGGAGUGUGAUUGGGAAUAAACACGCCUCUCCUUUGUAUAUUGUUUCUAGAAAAGAAUUUUAAAAAUGAAUCCUACAUACCCAAGGGACAUGUUUUGAUAAAGUAGUAAAAAUUAAAAAAAAAACUUUAAUAAGAUGACAUUGCUAAGAUGCUCUAUCUUGCUCUGUAAUCUCGUUUCAAAAACACGGUGUUUUUGUAAAGUGUGGUCCCAGCAGGAGGACGAUUCAUGAACUUCACAUCAAAAGACAAUUCUUUAUACAACAGCUAAAAAUGGGACUUCUUUUCACAUUCUUAUAAAUAUGAAGCUCACCUGUUGCUUACAAUUUUUUUAAUUUUGUAUUUUCCAAGUGUGCAUAUUGUACACUUUUUGGGGAUAUGCUUAGUAAUGCUAUGUGUGAUUUUUCUGGAGGUUGAUAACUUUGCUUGCAGUAGAUUUUCUUUAAAAGAAUGGGCAGUUACAUGCAUACUUCAAAAGUAUUUUUCCUGUACAAAAAAAAAAGUUAUAUAGGUUUUGUUUGCUAUCUUAAUUUUGGUUGUAUUCUUUGAUGUUAACACAUUUUGUAUAAUUGUAUCGUAUAGCUGUAUUGAAUCAUGUAGUAUCAAAUAUUAGAUGUGAUUUAAUAGUGUUAAUCAAUUUAAACCCAUUUUAGUCACUUUUUCUUUUCCGAAAAAUACUGCCAGAUGCUGAUGUUCAGUGUAAUUUCUUUGCCUGUUCAGUUACAGAAAGUGGUGCUCAGUCGUAGAAUGUAUUGUACCUUUUAACACCUGAUGUGUACAUCCCAUGUAACAGAAAGGGCAACAAUAAACAGCAGUCCUACAGAAAGAAUAUGGCAGAAAAAGAUCUGUAAGCACAGUCUUAUUUCCUUUUGUUGUCCAGAAUAAUUACAGUUCUUGAGCCUCCCAGAAAUUGGAAGCUAAAUAAAGCAACUAAAGUUUCCUUUAUUUUGCACUCAAUUACAGUGACUUGUGAUUAAAGCGAUGCAUGGAUACUUUAAUACUUCCCACAUGUACUGAAUUUUGAAAGAGUAGGUAGCAGGCACCCCGAGUUAAGGAACUACCUCAGAGGACCCCGCGCCGGGCCCGCUGGUAACAGGAUUUUGGUCUUAGCCCCCCAGCAGACGCGUGACUGAAGCACUUGUGCCCGGCCUGUGUGUGUGGUCUCAAGGUAAGGUGUCACCUGGCAGGGGGCGCAAGCAGAGGGGAGACCAGGCGUUGCCACUGCUCAGGCCGCCUUCAGGGCAGCUCCCGCAGGUCCUCCCUGGUCUCACAGGAAACGCUAAGGCUAUCGGCUGUUUGGUUGGAGAGCCUUGGUCCCUCCAUCUAGUGGGCUCUGCCAGCGUCAGCACAUUGUAGCAGUUGAAUGCCAGCUGCUUCCUUCCUUCCGUGCUUCUGAAUGGAUAGUGAGUGCAGAUUGGCAAGGUGAUUUGGUUAUUAAGAAAACUGUACUCAGUGAGUACUUGACCUCUCAUGUUGUGACCUCUUAAAUGUACAAUUAUAAUUUUGGAAUUUACUUAGAGUCAAAUAUCAGACUCGUGAGACUUUUAUAAACUGCCAUGAUACAGCAAUCCCAUUUAUUCAAAAUGCAAACAUCCUGUAUGUCUGUGCUGUAUGCUUGACUCUGCAGAGUAAUUGACAGACUAGCUAAUACCGGUGAUUCAGGUACAAGACGUCCAGGACACCAUCAGGUCCAGAACACAGCCCUGUCUCUCUCAGCUUCUCCAUCGGUCCUGUCCAGGAGGAUUGGCGAUCUAAUGGCAGGGACCCUGUGGCCCUCCGGAAUUUUGAAGUGCCUUCUGAACCGUAAAUGAAAAAUUUAACUUGAGACACUUUUUUUUUUUUUUGUUCAGAAUCUGUUAUCCAUUGAGUAGUUUGAUGGAACUGAGUUAAUCAGAAGACCCAGCUGUUCUCUGGAUAAGCCAGGCUUUGCUGUAUCUGGCGGUCAGGAGAGAGGUAAGCCUGCGGUGGAUGUCCCUGCAAAGCUGAGCGCCCCAGCGCGAGCCUGUGCUGCUUUGCCUAGGCCUGGGGCAGAGGCCUCCACCGCUGCCCGCGACUCAGUGCCCGUGCGUCCCUCCCCACCAUCGGGUCAGCAGCCCCCCGAGGGGCUGUGUUAGGGGUCACGCCCUCACCCAGCGCUGUGCCACAAUGGAGCCUGGUCUUGGCGUCAUCCUCAGGACUCCUGCCCAAGGGCCCGCGGCGAGACAAGACUUAGGCCGUGGGGAAAUCUCCCAGCGGCCCCAAGAGCCGUGCCGUGACCCUGAGUUGGAGGGAGGUUCUUCUUCCUCUGUGCCUUGACCCCUUGGGGAUGCCUUCCGUCAUCUCUUCUGUCCCUUUCUGUCUCUGAGUGGAAUAGCCAUUGCUCCCGUUAACUCUUCCCUGUUUUCACGUGUUUUUCUCUCAAGAUGCAGAGUUAAUUUCUGAAAGGAAUUUCACUGGGCGUUUAAAGAAAGUUUAACGCCCAAGUUCCUCCUUGACAUAGCACUCUCAAUUUAAAACUAGUGUAGGACACGAGUGAGUGACAGCUUAUAGAGGUAGUUCUCAUUGGGUAUAACUCAACACCCAUUCUGCUUGUGGUUAGAAUUUAUAGUUUUGCUAAAGAUGUAAUUUACUGGAAUUUGAAAUGGUGUUCUAACAGUCGAUUGUCUGGAUUAAUCUGAUUUAUAAGUAAUUCUGAUACAUAUUUUCUUACAUCUGAGCUGAAAUAAAUGCAUGUUUCUAGCAUAUGUAAUAUAAAAACUUCAGAGGGUAAGUUUACAUUUAACAAGAUGUUCUUUUCUAUUUUUGGAUUUCUUACAUUAUUUUCCCCCCUUUUUUGGUGGUGGGGGUUUAGGGGGAAGCAUAGUAUUUGUAUGAAGAACUGUCGCCCCAGAGUGACCUCUAUUUUCCAAGGUGACCUUGAGCUCACUGUUGGUCUCAUAGGUGUUUGUGUGCUGUACCUAGAUUCAAGGCCUGUGGAUUUGAGGAAAAUUGAGAUUUUUAAAAAAAAUUUGGUUAUGUACAUUCUUUUAAAUGUCGAUUAUUUUGUUAAAUUUGAGUAAAAAGAAAACCAUUGGGAUGCUCUGCUGGAGGUCUGCGGAUAUUGCGGAGUGGAUGUUGCCGACUUCUAGUUGGUUUCUCCUUAAUAGAGGAGAGUCCGUCCUUCAGCAAGAGGCCUCGAGAGACCGAGGCCGUUGAAGCGCUGUCAAUAGGUUUACUCCGGCUCGCCCGCCCUUAGCCAGACUUAGCUACUGUACCUUUGCCCCAGGAUGUGUGUCAGCGACGCAGGAAGACCUGGCCCUCUCCGGUUUUGAGUUGGAAACCUGGUGAUCCACCCCAGGACAGCUACAGGCAGAGAACGAGGAUCGCUCCCUGUACCUUGUUUCCUCUUAUCUCGGGGUCAGCAUGCUUAGCAAGGCCACAUUAUUGGUCCUCAGUUCCAUCUUCUUGACAUCUGACCACCGGCAGAAACAAGGAUCCCAGAAGUCAGAGCGGUGGUGAGGGCCGAGACGGCUCCCCGAGGCCCCCUCAGUGCCUGCAAGGCCUCUGUCCACUGCGCGACCCCGUCUCUGGGCGGCCUUCUCCUAGCUUCCCCGGCGCCUGUCGGACUGCAGAGCCGUUUGUCCGGCUCCCCUUGGCCUUGGUGCCGUUGCAGCACCUGUCAGAGCUCAGGACCGCGGGGAUUCGCUCCUUUGACCCCAGGAGGUCACGGAGGAGGCUCAACCCCCGAGCUGUGCUUCCUCGCGGCCGAGGUCACGCGCUCCACGGUCUGCUCUUCCGCUUUCCAGAACGUGCCUGGGGAAACCCUCACGCCUGCAUAGAAGCAUUCGACUGCAUGGCUGUCUAGGUCUGCACCCUAGCUUCCCGACCUUGCUGCACCUUGAUUUGUUAACUGCUUGGACCAUGUGGACUGUGCUUAGGUUUCUGGGUUGCCUGAAGGCCGAGUCAGUGUGGGGCCCUUAAGAGCAUAAGGCAGCAGGCAGGAGGGGCGGGCCCUUCACGAGUGGGCGUGUUCCGCGGAAGGCCUAGUACCCCCCGGAGUGCGAGAGGCUGUUGGCUGGAGACCUGAAGGGAGGGGCGGGCAGCAUACCAUGGACACACUUGAUCCGCCCCUCUCCAACCAGAAGGGAAUGUUGAAGUAGAACCUGGGCGUUAGGUCAGGGGGCAAGCCAAACUCUCCAGACUUGUCGCCCUGGCCCUCGUGUCUUUAGCCCGCAUUCGGGGAGUCUGCAGGGAGGUGAGUGUGGUGGCAUCACAUCCAUCUAAAGCAAGAUGAUUGAUUUCCCGCAAAAUGUCAAGUUUGAUCAGAUUGAUUGCUUUUCAUUCGUUAAAGACCGAAGGAGCGCUGGGAUGUCACAGGAAGGGGCCGACUGCUGUGCUAUAUUCUGACUGCUGAUCUGUCUGGGGGCUUGCUCACUGUCUGCAUACAGUAUGGAGGUGGAAAGGGCAUCAGUACCAAACAGCUUUUUUCUAUAACAUCCAUAACUGAUAUGAGGCUCUGUUCUCUACAGAUGGUGAUGGGUCAAGCUAUCUUCAUAAAACAAGUCUGUUUUUAUUCACUUUCCGGUAACUUCUGUGGGCCCUGGCUCAAGGACUUGGCAUUGCGUCUCAUGUACAUCUUUUUCUUAAAUGUUGUUUGCCAUUUCUGGAAUUGUCCUUGGUUUUUCCUUAGCUCAUAGGUCAUAGAUGCAGAAAUAUUAUAGUAUUUAAGGCAUCCGCAUCAAGCAUCAGAUGGCUUUGCAUCCAGAAAAACAUUUAAUGAUAACUCAGUUUGAAGCACCAAGCAUGUGUAACAUGGCUCUAUAAAAUAUAAUAAACGCAUAAUGUUGUUAAGCUUUUCAA